AUGUUUUCUUCAUUUCCUCGCGCCAAGAUAGCCAACGAUAUGACGCUUGGAGCCUCGCCCGAUCAGCUCCGGCUCUUCACGCCCGAGAUCUUCUGGCACGGGCGCGAGGAGGGGAAGCGUUUCGUCCCCGGGUCGAUCCAGGGCGUCGACGUCUCUGCGUCGGGGCUGAUCGCCACGGCGGGCAACGACAGCAAGGUGCGGUUGUGGCGGCUCGGCGAGGCGCCGCCGGCAGAGGCGGCCGAGGCGCCAGCCGUCGUCCUCUACCAGGAGCUCGACGCUGUCAACGCGGUCCGCUUCUCGCCCGACGGCGCGACGCUGGCGUCGGCUGCGGACGACAACCUGAUCAUCCUGUGGAGGGACACGGGGACGCGCCAGCAGGCGAGCUUCGGCUCGUCCGCGCCGCAGGGCGAGGGGACGUGGAAGCAGCACUGCGUCCUGCGCGGCCACAUCGACGAUGGCUGCGUCGACGGCAGCUGCAUCGUGUGGGGCGUGAGCGCGGCGGGCGCUGCGGGCAAGGGCGUGCGGCCGAUGCAGCAGCAGCUGCGCGACCACGAGCACUACGUGCAGGGGGUGUGCUGGGACCCGCGGGGCGAGCUCGUCGCCUCCGUCUCGUGCGACCGCUCCGCGCGCGUCUACAAGGCGCAGCCGGCCGCCGGCAAGGGCGCGGCUCCCUCCUUCACCUUCACCUGCGCCUACUCGAUCCAAAAGACCAACCUGAUCGUGUACGACUCGCAGCAGCGCACCCCCCUCCUCGUCGCGAGCGGCAUGCACUACGCUGCGCUCACCGACCUCGCCUGGCUGCCGGCCGGGCGCGGGCUGAUCGUCUCGUCGGCGGACGGCUUCUGCUCGAUCCUGCUGCUCGCGCCGGGCGCGCUCGGCGAGCCGCUGCCGGAGGAGGAGCUGCCGAGCUGCAUGCGGCCGCCCGCUGCGCCCGUCGAAGCGCACAGCGACGGGCUGCAGGUCAAGAAGAAGCCAAAGCGCGUCGUCCCAAUCGAGACGAGCGUGUAG